GACCAAGAAGAGCUUCAGAAACGGAAACCGACCCAAGCGUCUCAGCUCCUCUGCCGCAGCGGCCCGCCGCGACGCAAGAUGGGGACAGACGCCCCCGCCCCCGCCCCGGCCGCGGCCGCCGGAGACGGCGACGCGGCCCGGAAGCGGCCGGGCGGGCAGGACGCGGCCGCGGGCGCCGACAGCAAGCGCCGCCGCGCGGAGCACCCCUCCUCCGGCUCCCGCGAGCGCCACGGCCAGCAGCCGCAGCCGCAGCCGCAGCGGCAGCAGAGGCCGGGGCGCCCCGGGGACGGGGGCAAGGGGAAGAGGGAGACGAUGCGGGCGUCGCACAUCCUGAUCAAGCACGAGGGGUCCCGGCGCAAGGCCUCGUGGCGGGACCCCGACGGCGUCGCCAUCUCCGCCACCACCCGCGACGACGCCGCCGACCUCGCCCGCGCCCUCCGCGACCAGAUCGCCGCCGGGGAGCUCCAGUUCGACGCCGCCGCCCGCGACAACUCCGACUGCAACUCCGCCAAGCGCGGCGGCGACCUCGGUCCAUUCGAGAAGGGCAAGAUGCAGAAGCCUUUCGAGAAGGCAGUGAUUGCUCUGAAGGUGGGGGACAUGAGCGACGUGGUUGACACUGAGAGCGGGGUGCACAUCAUCCUGAGGACCGGGUGACGGCGUCCGUGGAAGCUCUGUCGAUCCAUAUGAGAUUGGCUUGAAACAUCGCGCGUUCUCUUAAGCAGAGACCUUUUGCUUUUAACUUGCAUUGUAACAGUGCUGACUGCAAAGCUACUAUGGGAUUUGGCUGUAUGCCAGGAUUAGACGUUGGUGGUGCUUGUGUUGUCUCGAUAAUGUUACAACUUUUGAGUGAAAUUCAGUUGUUAUUCUCUUUCAA